UUACUGUCAGAUAGAAACAUCAGGCGAGCAUCCGAAUCUUUGUGGACAAAACGGCUUAGCAUCUCUUCACAGGGUUCGAAAUAUGGACACACUGUUGAAACUGGCUUGUUUUCGCCCCAAUACAGAUCACUCACACAUUCCCUUCUUCGCACCAAGAGAAAUUCUUUUAAUGCAGUGUCUGAAAAGGGGAAAAGAGGGUUUUGCCUUAGUUUUAUCAGGUGUUAUUCAGCCUUUCCCACCAGUUAUACCAUAGCUCACCACAUCCGAGUUGCUUUGAAUCGGCUGGCUCAAAUGACUACACACAGCGAGUGGGCUCGAUUGCCGAUAAACCGGAUAGCCCAGGCAGUCAGCUUGGGCCUGGCCCGUUCUUACAUAGUUGUGCCCGGAAUAUUCUCCCUCAUGUGUGGGACCCACUUAGCAUGCGCUCACUCAUCCCCUCUCGAAACUGACAUCUCUCAUCCGAGGAGUAAUUUCUACACUCACGCUGAGGAAAGCCAUCUCUCUCUAACCAGAUUUGUACGCGCCACGUUCGAAAGCAUUUUCUUGCUUCUCAGAGCUCUUUAUCUGGCAGUCCUGUUCACUCCUUGCAUGAAAAUUAUGGCUCCAGCUCGUGCAUCGGACCCUGGAGAGAGCAGGCCCAGCGUUCAUAAAGUGGGGCCGGAGGCUGCACAUCUGAGCCGGUUUAUAUACAACUUUAGGAGGUGGAGGGAUGUGUCUUUCCCUAAGCCCGUUUACCCGCUUGUUCAUCCGGCUGUCUUGGUGGAGACUUUCGAGCAUGGAGAGAGUGUCUCUAACUAUGUGGAUGAGAUUAGGGGAAAUGAUCGUGUUAAUAGUGCCUUGGCCCACAUUGGAACCCAUGCACUGCUAAAGAUGCUUCUGGUGGACAAUUUUGUCCAUGCUGACAUGCAUCCAGGUAACAUUCUUGUCCGUGUGGCUCAGACAAAGCCGAGUCGCAAAAAGCUCUUUAAAACCAAACCCCACCUUAUUUUCCUUGACGUGGGCAUGACUGCCGAGCUCUCAAAGAAUGAUCGUGUGAAUUUACUCGAGUUUUUCAAGGCUGCUGCCCGUCGAGAUGGCCAAACUGCAGCCGAGUGCACGCUCAGAUUAUCAAAACGGCAAAAAUGCCCAGAGCCAAAGGCUUUCAUUCAGGAAGUGAAAAAAUCUUUCGAUUUUUGGAGUACGCCGAAAGGUGAUUUGGUGCAUCCUGCGGAGUGCAUAGAGCAAUUACUGGAGCAAGGCUGGCAACGGAAGCUCGACCCAGAUUAUGAUGUCAUGCAUACAUUGCAAACACUUCUCCUGAAAGCCGAUUGGGCUGAGUUGCUUUCCUAUACGAUUGAAGGGCUGAUGGCGCCAAUGAGUUUUUUUGACAAUGUAGAAACAUUGGAAGCUGUGUAUUGAAUAUUCGCACCAUUGUAUUUUGCUUUGCGUAUAUAAUAUAAAUUCAUUUUGACAUGUGCAGCCGGCUCUUGCACGAGCCAUAUGUGCUGCUCAAUCACAAUUUUUGUAAGGAUGUGUAAUACACAGAUUUCUUUUAUUAAUUCAUUACAUUGCUCGGCAAAAACACGUAGAGAGAAAAUGAGGAGCCUGCAGUUUUUUUUUUUUUUU